AUGCGACCGCGGUCCGCGUACCGCCAGAUCAUGUACAUGUCCUUGGGCGUCUUGAACGACGAGUACGACGGCAGCAAUGUAGUGGACGACGUCAACUUUGUCGCCCACUUCUCGCUCGUACCAUCGUAG